AUGACAGAAUUAGAUCCGUCUAAGAAAGUAGCUGAUAGGUAUCUCAAACGUGAGGUUCUUGGUGAAGGUACCUAUGGUGUCGUUUACAAAGCCAUUGAUACCCAGACAGGACAGACGGUUGCUAUUAAGAAGAUUAGGAUUGGAAAGCAGAAAGAAGGGGUUAAUUUUACAGCUCUUAGGGAAAUCAAAUUGCUUAAAGAGCUCAAUGAUCCUAAUAUAAUUGAGUUGAUUGAUUGCUUCCCACAUAAAGGGAAUUUGCAUCUUGUGUUUGAAUUCAUGGAGACAGACCUUGAAGCUGUCAUAAGAGACCGGAAUAUUUUCCUUUCACCGGGUGAUAUCAAAUCUUACCUUCAAAUGACGUUUAAAGGUCUUGCUCAUUGUCACAAAAAAUGGAUAUUGCAUAGGGAUAUGAAACCAAAUAAUUUGUUGAUAGGACCUAAUGGACAGCUGAAACUUGCAGAUUUUGGUUUAGCACGGAUAUUUGGAAGCCCGGAUCGCAGGUUCACUCAUCAGGUGUUUGCACGAUGGUAUAGAGCACCUGAGCUAUUAUUUGGUACUAAGCAGUAUGGCCCAGGAGUAGAUGUUUGGGCUGCAGCCUGUAUAUUUGCUGAGCUUCUUCUUCGCCGACCCUUUUUGCAGGGUUCAAGUGAUAUGGACCAAUUGGGAAAGAUUUUUGCAGCAUUUGGAACUCCAUCUCCUUCUCAAUGGUCUGAUAUGGUAUACCUUCCUGAUUAUGUUGAAUAUCAAUAUGUGCCUGCCCCUCCUCUGCGCUCUUUAUUUCCAAUGGCAAGUGAGGAUGCUUUAGACUUGUUGUCUAAGAUGUUUACAUAUGACCCAAAGGAACGAAUUUCGGUGCAGCAGGCAUUAGAACACAGAUACUUUACUUGUCCUCCUCCGCCCACAGAUCCAGAUAAGCUUCCAAGACCUGCCCCUAAGAAGGAAAUUAAGGAAUCGGAUUUGAAUCCACGUGAGGGUCCCACAGUCUUAUCACCUCCUAGAAAGACUAGGAGAGUAAUGCCAGGGCGUGAUGGACUUGAAGGAAGUUCAUUGCAAGGAGACAAGGUUGAUGAUACUCAUUCUAACUUGAAACAGGCCGCUGGUGAUAAUAUAGGGAAGAGUGAUCCCGCACCAAUGUCACUAGAUUUUUCUAUCUUUGGAUUAAAACCUCCAAAUAGACCAACAAUUAACAGUGCUGACAGAUCACAUUUAAAAAGAAAAUUAGAUCUAGAAUUCCAGUAA